AGCCGCUAUUUAUAGGCGGGGAGCGGAGCUGCGCAGGAGGAGCGAGCAGGCGGGUUGGGCCCGGGCUGGCGGCUUUGUGGUGCCUUGUCCCCGCAGGGAAAGGGAAAAAGCGGCCGAAAAGCCCCGAUCCGCCUUCGCCGAAGCGCCCCUUCGGCGGCCGCUGAGUUUUUGUCUCCGUCCGCGCCGCGCCCGAGCGCCCCCGUCGAGCUUUGUCUUCUCCCGGCCACUGUUGGGAAGGCGCGGCCAAGAUGGACCCUUGUCACACCGAGGAGACCGAGGGCGAGAUCCCCGGCCUGGGCUUCAGUGACCGAAGCGAGCAGAUUGUUUCACGUGGGGUAGCGUCAGCAUUUGAAGCUGCGGCCACGGAAACAGAGACGGAGCCGAGCCUCACCUCCAGCAUGAUGCUGAACACGGAGAGCGGCGAGGGAUAUGUGGUGAAAGUGAGGGGGCUGCCCUGGUCCUGCUCUGCAGAGGAGGUGCAGAGGUUUUUCUCCGAAUGCAAAAUUCUAAAUGGGGCUUCGGGUAUCCGUUUCAUCUACACAAGGGAGGGCAGACCAAGUGGAGAAGCGUUUGUUGAACUUGAAUCAGAGGACGAUGUGAAAUUGGCACUGAAAAAAGACAGAGAAACAAUGGGACACAGAUAUGUUGAAGUUUUCAAGUCAAACAACGUUGAAAUGGAUUGGGUUCUGAAGCAUACUGGUCCCAACAGCCCUGAUACGGCUAAUGAUGGUUUUGUACGUCUUAGAGGACUCCCAUUUGGCUGUAGUAAAGAAGAAAUUGUACAGUUUUUUUCAGGGUUGGAAAUCGUGCCAAAUGGGAUAACAUUGCCGGUGGACUUCCAGGGGAGGAGUACGGGGGAGGCCUUCGUGCAGUUUGCUUCACAGGAAAUAGCUGAAAAGGCUCUAAAGAAACACAAGGAAAGAAUAGGGCACAGGUACAUUGAGAUCUUCAAGAGUAGUCGAGCAGAAGUGCGCACUCACUACGAUCCUCCACGCAAGCUAAUGGCAAUGCAGAGACCAAGUCCUUAUGACAGGCCCGGUGUUGCACGGGGAUAUAACAGUCUUGGUAGAGGAAGUGGCUUUGAAAGAAUGAGACGUGGAGCUUAUGGGGGAGGUUAUGGAGGUUAUGAUGACUACAAUGGGUAUAAUGAUGGCUAUGGUUUUGGUUCUGAUAGAUUUGGAAGAGAAUGGACUCUCUUCUCUGCAGGAAUGUCGGACCACAGAUACGGCGACGGGGGAUCCACCUUCCAGAGCACGACCGGCCACUGCGUCCACAUGAGAGGUCUGCCUUACAGAGCUACGGAGAACGACAUCUAUAACUUCUUCUCACCUCUGAACCCUGUAAGAGUACACAUCGAAAUUGGACCAGAUGGUAGAGUGACUGGAGAGGCAGACGUUGAAUUUGCUACUCAUGAGGAUGCAGUGGCCGCUAUGUCCAAAGACAAGGCAAAUAUGCAACACAGAUAUGUAGAACUCUUCUUGAAUUCUACAGCAGGAGGAAGUGGUGGUGCCUAUGGCAGUCAAAUGAUGGGAGCAAUGGUCAAGGAAUCGGAAGGGGUAGUUCAAGAUUGGAACACUAGCACAUUGCCAGGAAGCCAAUCCAGCUAUGGUGGUCCAGCUAACCAGCAGUUGAGUGGGGGUUAUGGAGGAGGAUAUGGUGGUCAAAGCAGCAUGAGUGGAUAUGACCCAGGCAAUCAGGGCGCCAUGAACAGCAGUUACUACAGCAGCGGGAACCGUGCAUCCAUGGGAGUGAACGGCAUGGGCGGAAUGUCGAACAUGUCCAACAUGAGCGGCGGCUGGGGAAUGUAACCAAUUGCUGACUUUUGGUCAACCCUUUUUUAAAAAACAAAAAAACAAAAAACUAAGUUUAACAGUUUUGCAAUACAAGCUUGUGAUUUAUGCUUUACUGUAAGUGAAAUCAGGAUUGUUAUUUUAAAACCUUUCAGGUUCAGUAUUUUUGAACAUACAGAAAUGAACAUUCAUCUAGGAUGUAAUAACCAAGUUGAGUAAAGACUAUAACUGUUAAACAAUUUUGAGCGUUUCUCAAGUUAGUUUUGUUGUAGGAGUGUAUUUAAGCAGUAAGCGUAUUUAGGUUAAAGCUGUUUGAAUUACGUUAAAUGUUGCUCUUAUACCAUAUUACAUCCAACACUGUUUUGAAUACAUGUUGAAAGAAACAUGCUUUUUUGUAAAGAAACUAUAGGAGCUGUGUCUGAAAUUCAAAGUGAACAUUUGGCAUGUUAGUUCUAGUUUAUUUCUUUUAAUAUCCUGUAAGGCACGUUUAAGCUUUUUUUUUUUUUUUUUUUUUUAAGUUAAUGGGGGAAAUGUGUUGAGACGCAAUACGGCUACUUUAGGAUUUCGGUCUUGGUGUUCGUAUAAAAUUCUGAGGCCUUGAUUUAAUCUUUCAUUGUAUUGUGAUUUCCUUUUUAGGUGUAUUGCGCUAAGUGAAACUUGUUAAAUAAAUCUUCCUUUUAAAAACUGGAA